AUGGCUUUGCCUACUGCACAGCCAGCUGAAAUCCUCCGCGCGUGGCAAAAGGACGAUCUCUAUGAAAAGAAGCUAGCUGGAUCCCUCGCUAAAUUACUCCCUUCUCAUCAUGCUUCUAAAGCGAUUCCAACAUCAUCUGUUGUUUAUAAAACAUUUACAACGCUACGUGAUCUCCAAACUCUUGGGGAAGAAUACUCUGGAAUUGUUCAAGUCGAUGAUUCCUAUCACAAGCUGCCAACAUUUUGCAGUCGACUUAUGAGCAUACUUUUAUCGGCUUUCGGCGAGAACCUUACGCGGAGUUUACUCCGAAGUGCCGAAAAACAAAUAGAACUUAAUACGACAUUGAAACCAGCUGCACAAAACUUAUUUUUAGUGAUAUUAAAGACACUAGGCAGUAUCCUACCGCAACUUGAAAGUAUACAUAGAGCACUGUCUUAUAUUAAUGGUGGUCCCAUUCAGAUUAGUAAAACUGUGACAAAUAUAAAUUAUGUUCAUGUCAGACCUGCAGCCGCAGCAUAUUAUGCUCAUUUGAGGCUUUUGGGCCUGGUUACAUUACUGCAUGCAGUGAUAAGCUGCGGACAGGGAUUCUACCAGGCCAAGAAACACCUUGAUCAAAUGGCUGACUUUCCCAAUGAAGUGGAGAGCAAUAAAUCAUGUGUAGCAUGUUUAGAGGAGAUUUUACAGCCUUGUGUACUUCAAUGUGGGCACUAUUUCUGCAUGCAAUGCUGUUAUGGUGCUUUGGAAAGUUGUCCUUUAUGCCGUACACCAUUUACGAAAAAUAGUGUUGUGCCUUUAAUGAAUUACACACCAGGUGUAAAGUAA